AUGGCAAAGAAAUGUCAGGAUAAAAAACUUAGAGAAACAGUUAGUCCCUAUUUUCAAAACAUAUCAAAACUACCACAGCAAAUAGAGACUGUUUCUAAAUAUUUUCUGUCCAAAAAAAGGUGUAUCAAUAAUAAAAAUGUAUUCAAAAAAGUAAAGGAUAAUAAGGUUCAUGUAAAUGAGCCUACGGUGAAACAAACGUCCAAAAAGGUGAAAUUAUCUUCUUCGAUGGAUUUGGAUGUGCUCGCGGAAAGAAAAAUUACUCCGUUUGUACCAAAAUAUACUCCGAUGCCUUCUCCUUUUAAUCUUGUCCAAGAAUCAUUGUAUUAUGAUCCUUGGAAG